AUGCCUACUGCCGUUGAUCAGGUCAUCGACAAUCCGCACGGUGGCGCCAUGCCGCGCUUCGGUGCCAUCAAGGAAAAGAAGGGGGUGCCGGAUCUGCGCACGACGGCUCCCGGCCUCGACAUUAUCGACAUUCGCCGCGUGGCGGUCGAGAUCAACCUCAAGACAGAGGUGCUGUCCCAGUUCCGCGCGAGGAAUGGUCCCCGGACGCUACCCACCCUGCUUCUGUACGAUGAGAAGGGCCUGCAGUUGUUUGAAAAAAUCACCUACCUGGACGAGUACUACUUGACCAAUGAUGAAAUCGAAGUGCUCGGGUCAUACGCCGCAGAGAUUGUCAAGGACAUUCCCUCGGGGGCCAUGGUCAUUGAGCUCGGCAGCGGGAACCUUCGAAAGGUGAACUUACUCUUGCAGGCUCUCGAAGACGCUGCCAAGGACGUUGAUUACUAUGCCCUGGACCUCUCGCUGGAGGAGCUGCAGCGGACCCUUGCGCAGCUCCCCGCAUACAAACACGUUCGAGCCCACGGUUUGUGGGGGACAUACGACGACGGCCAGGCCUGGCUCAAGAGCCCUGGUAUUGCUUCGAGGAAGAAGUGCAUCAUGAGUCUUGGCUCGAGUGUCGGCAACUUUGGCCGAGCAGAUGCGGCGGAUUUCCUGAAAGGGUUUUCUGACGUUCUCGGCCCUGGGGAUGCUAUGUUGAUUGGCCUCGAUGGGUGUGCCAAUCCGGCCAGAGUUUACCAUGCUUACAAUGACAAGGAGGGCGUCACCCAUGAAUUCAUCCUGAACGGCCUCCGCCAUGCCAACAAGGUGCUGGGAGAGAAUGCAUUUGACGAGAAGGACUGGCGUGUUGUGGGCGAGUACGUGUGCGAUGCCCAGGGGGGCCGGCAUCAGGCCUUCUAUUCCCCGGUCCGCGACACGAUCGUCAUGGGUGAGCGAGUGCAGCCGCACGAGCGGAUCAAGGUUGAGCAGAGCUUGAAGUACUCGAGCGAGGAAGCCGGCGAACUCUGGAGACAGGCCGGCAUGACAUCGGUCCGCGAAUGGAGGCACCGCGAGCACUAUGCUCUUCAUAUGUUGACCAAGCCCAAAAUGUCCUUCAGUCUCAUCCCAUCCGUCUACGCCCGCACCGCUCUCCCUUCCCUCGAGGACUGGGAAGGCCUGUGGGCAACAUGGGAUACGGUCACCCGUGAGAUGCUUACGCCGGCAGAGUUUCAUGAGAAGCCUAUCAAGCUGCGCAACGCCUGCAUCUUCUACCUCGGCCAUAUCCCGACCUUCCUCGACAUCCAGCUCACCAAGACGACCAAGGCACCGGCCACCGACCCGGCCACGUACUCGGUCAUCUUUGAGCGCGGCAUCGACCCGGACGUCGACAACCCGGAGAAAUGCCACGACCACUCGCCCAUCCCGGAUGAGUGGCCGGCCGUUGAGGAGAUCGUCGCCUACCAGGACCGUGUCCGGGCCCGUGUGCAGGGCCUGUACAAGGACGGCAUGGACGCCAUCCCCCGACAUGUCGGCCGGGCGAUCUGGGUCGGCUUCGAGCACGAGGCAAUGCACCUCGAGACGCUGCUGUACAUGAUGCUGCAGAGCGACAAGACGCUUCCUCCGCCCGGCGUGGCCGUGCCUGAUUUUGAGAGGCUGGCGGCCAAGGCCCGCGCAGAGCGGGUGCCGAACGAGUGGUUCGAUAUCCCUGAGCAAGAAGUUGUCAUUGGGAUGGACGACCCGGAGGACGGCACCGACACAGAUGUCGCAUAUGGUUGGGACAAUGAGAAGCCAGCGAGACGGGCCCAAGUUCAUGCCUUCCAGGCGCAGGGACGGGCGAUUAGCAACGAGGAGUACGCACGAUACCUGUACAACACCAAGUCCACCGGCAUCCCGGCAUCGUGGGCCCGAACCAAUGAUGCUCCGGCCGUUGAGGCCGACGGCACCAACGGGAAUACCACCAACGACAACACGGCCGUCCCGGAGUCCUUCAUCCACGGCAAGGCGGUGCGGACGGUCUAUGGGCUCGUCCCGCUGGAGCACGCGCUGGACUGGCCCGUGUUCGCGUCGUACGACGAGCUGGCGGGCUGUGCGGCCUGGAUGGGCGGACGCAUUCCCACGAUGGAAGAGGCACGCAGCGUGUAUGCGCAUGCUGAGGUCCUCAAGAACAAGCAGCUGGAGAACCAGCUGAGCCAGACCGUGCCGGCCGUGAACGGACACCUCUGCAACAACGGCGUGGAAAUCUCGCCCCCAGCCACCCCCACCGACCGCGCCAGCUCCGACGGUGAAGCCGACGUCGAAGCAGCAGCCAAGUCGACGGAGAAGAGACGACCGCGCCAAUCGCUCUUCACCAACCUCGACGGCAACAACUCCGGCUUCCGCCACUGGCACCCCGUCCCCGUCACCUCGCGCGGCGAAAGCCUCGCGGGCCAGGCCGACAUGGGCGGCGUGUGGGAGUGGACGAGCAGCGUGCUUGCGCGCUGGGACGGGUUCGAGGCCAUGCCGCUGUACCCGGGGUAUACGGCGGACUUUUUUGAUGAGAAGCAUAAUGUGGUGCUUGGGGGGUCGUGGGCUACGCACCCGAGGCUGGCGGGAAGGAAGAGUUUCGUCAACUGGUACCAGCGCAACUACCCUUAUGCGUGGGUUGGCGCGAGACUGGUGCGCGAUCUGCAGUGA